UCAGCAAUGACCUAGUUCAUUCAAGGGCAGGGAAAAAAUCUCUUCUUCCAGAACGUCCCUGGGCAUAGAAUUUUCCCUCUUAGGAAGAUAGGAGCUUUUCUGGAAACAGACCCAACUGUGCUUUGACCUGAACGUGGAUAAGACCCUGAACCCUGUAACUCCUCUGAAUGCCCAGUCCCAGGAGCAGGGACACCCAAUCAAUACUUCCCAACACAGCCCGGGGAGCCCACAGCCGAGCCAGCCCUCCUAUCACGUCUUUUGGACGAAAAAUACUGAAAAAGGCCUAGUGGAGUGAGGACAUGUGAGAACACUCUGAAAUGGGCUAGCCAUGGGGGGCUCAGCGGAGACAGCAGCUAGAUGGACAUUUCAAGAGCCGUGGCUGGAAUUUCAAGAUUCACGUGGCAUGAAAGGAUGACAGACUUGGGAGGGCCCCAGAGGCGCACACUUUGUUUUUUAUCUACGUUACUUUCCCAGAAGGUUCCUGAGAAGUCAGACGCCGUGCUUCGCUGCAUAAUAUCUGGUCAACCCAAGCCAGAGGUAACUUGGUAUAAGAAUGGCCGAGCCAUCGAUGAGUGUGGCAUUGUUUCCAGUUGUGAAUUCUUCCAGAAUCAGUAUAUUCAUGUGUUACAUCUCUAUUGCUGUACCCCUGAUGACGCUGCCGUGUAUCAGAUCUCUGCUAAAAACUGUUCUGGAAUGAUUUGCUGCUCUGCUUCUGUUGAAGUCAGGUGCUCAGCAGAGAGCCCGCAGCUCUCUCCUAACCUGAAAGAUGGCAGGGGCCCAGGUUGGCCACCUGCAACAGAGGCGUGUGCGCAGGGCAAGACAAAUCAGCUGGGGGAGAAAGAACCUCCUUGUGAGGGCGAAGAGUGUGUCUCGGCAGGUAGUCCCGUGUCAGCUGACUCCCCCUCCUCCAAAUUCAGCCCCUCGUGCUCCCUCCAGUUAUUGGCCAACAGUGACACUAGUGCAUCCAGGUCUGAAAAUCCCUUGGAUGUUACGGGAACGAGGCCAGUGGAAGAGGCGCCUGGUCCGGAUGACACAGAGGAAGUUGCAGUUGGGUUGCUUUUUUCUGAUUCAAGUACAAUCCCCACUAAACAAAAUGUGUGUUACCCCAGGACAGCACAUUCCGAAGUAUCGAGGCUAAGGGAUGGUGCCUCGGGCAGUGAUGGCCUUAAGGAGGAAGUCUCAGACUCUGGUCAUCCGGAUCCUAAAGCGCAGAAGUACAUCAGCUUCAGCCUGCCACUGUCAGAGGCGGCCGCAUCUGCUUGCCCAGGUGACAGGGACACGAUCAACCAGCAAGGCAGUCCACAGGUGUCCAGCGAAGACUCUGACAGUGACUAUGAACUUUGCCCAGAGAUAACCUUAACCUGCACGGAGGAGUUUUCAGAUGAUGACCUAGAGUAUCUGGAAUGUUCCGACAUUAUGACGGAUUACUCUAAUGCAGUCUGGCAAAGGAACCUGCAGGGCUCUGAGCAUGUUUUUUUAUUAGAAAGCGAUGACGAAGAGAUGGAAUUCGGUGCGUGUUGCCUGGGUGGGUGUGAGCAUCUCCUCAGUGAAAUGGGUUGUGGGCCUUGGGUGUCGGAUGACACGGGGCCUAUGGAUGCCACCACUGGCUUCUGUGGUUAUCACUCACAACCCCAAGAAGUGGGGGUGAGGAGCAGCCAAGCCUCCACCCACAGUCCCUCAUCCCUGCAAACGGGGAUGAUUCUGACUUGGGGGCCUCACCGAGACACGACAUCUACGGUGACAGACCAGGGGAGACAUAAACCACCCACUGCUUCUGGGGCCGCUGAAAAUGAUUAUCCAGGAAUUCGAGGAGAAACCAGAGACAGCCACCAAGCAGGAGAGGAAUUCCCCAGUGACAAUCUGCUAAACAUGGAUAAAGCAGUGAUAGAGACGGCGAUGAAGCGCUUGUCUGGUGAGUUAGAGAAGCCAGGGGUGAGCCAGUGGUUGGAGAUCGCAGCGGAGAAAAAGGUAGGGGAUGGGGUGUCGCUGACCAAGACGGGCUCCGAGAAACCCCCCAGGGUGAGGCGGCCAGGCGUGAGAGGAAAACCCAAAAAGCUGAGCCCCAACCUGAAAGACAGUGCAACAGAAGGCACCCUUAAUCUCCUCUAUCCCAAAGAACCUGUUAAGCACCCACUAACCCAGUGUGAUAAAAGAGACAGUCUUCGUGCCAAAGCAGAAGCUGCUGAUUGGAAUUCCCAGUUCCCUGCAGGAGAAGGUGCUGUUCCAGCGCCAGCAGACCAAGGAGCAAAAACCCUGCAAACUCCACUGGGCUCAGGCCCCCAAGGAGCGAACUCAGACUUCCAGGGGGAAGGAGUGCCGGUCCAUAGGCUGUUUGAAAUAAGCGGAGUUCCAGGCUGGAGUGCUCUCCCUCAGGUGCAAAUUCAGGAAAUGCUCAGGGAGAGGGACUCUCUCAGCCAGUUGCCUGCUUUCUCAGAGCCUGCUGGGGAGCUGUCUGCAUUUGCUGGGACCACAAUAAAUCCCUUCCCCGACGUAGAGGGGAUCAACGAGGAAGACGCGUCAUUGGCCCAAUACCUGGAACUGGAGAGCUGUCCUCGAUGCCCACAGCAUGGAGAAAAGCAAGACAGGAAAGACCAUGCACUCGGAGGUUCUUGGAAAGACCCAGGACAUGAGCUGAGCAUCCCAGAUGCCAAUCAGGGAAAUACAUGCCCCUGGGAGCUGUCAGUGCUUUUCCCCCGGGAGGGCAGUGCUGAUCCCAGGGAGCCCAAGGCUCUCUCUGCUGCUGCCCCUGAACCCGCAGUUACUAGCCCCACCCUGGAAGCCCCAUGCCAUGGGCCAAGGGCCGGGGAAGCGGCCAGUGUGUUGGAGCAUCUUGAAGCAUGUGACCAAGGAACAUGUGAAACCGUGGAUUCUCCUUUUGGAGCCUCAGCUGAUAAAUACUUGCCUCAGGAAAUUUGCUCCCUGGACUUAGAGCUGGCCAAGCGGCCAAGCAAACCCUCUGAUUUAUGUUCUCCUGAUGAUGAGACGCCAGGUAUUCACUUUCAAACACAAGGCUCCGAGCUCCCACGGGCUCCAUGCGAGAGCAGCAAGGAGCGAAGCCCUGCCAUGCCCCCUCUUUUUACCAGUACUUUUACCUGGAACAUUUCGCAAAAAGCCAGUGAAGGUGGCCCAGGGGAAGAUUUAGCAGAGAUGGAGAAUUCCACCUCCACGUUGGUCUCCAUAGUCCCAGCUGGCCAGGAGAGGCCAAGCCCCGGCGGCCCAGGAGGCUUGGAAAGACAGCCUCUAUGUUCUGAGAACAGCUCUUCUGUGCAGCUUCCAGAAGGAGGUGUUGAGAGGCCCAGUACCAGUGCCCCAGACACCACAGCCACACCAGCCCGAAAUGGUUCGGUUGUAAUGUUUCCUCGGGAGAAGCCAAUGACUUUAACUGCUAAUCUCGAGUGUCUUCAAGUGACCAGGGAGAGUGGGGACACAUCGACAGUCACCAUGGCCACCAAAGUCUACCCAGCCAAAUACCUCCCUGUUUCCAUUGCUGAGAACCGUCACACAGAUGGUCCUGAGGAGAGUUCACCUACAGCACCAGACAAAAAUAUUUGCCAGCUUCCUUCCAAUGCACAGUUGGGUCAUACUUCAAAUGAUUCCACAACCGAUUCUCUAGAAGAGCCCUUUUGCAUGGCUCCCGGUGGACCAGGAGCCCACGUCCAUGUUCCCCAGCGCCCAGAGGUGGAGGGCUUCCGUAGCAGUUCCCCUCUUCAGACUGAUAACUGUUCUGGAGAUAAGAGCCUGACUGUGGACACAGCAGACAGUAGGAGCCUUGAACAGAAUUUCCAAGACAAAGGAAGUGAAACAACACAGAGGAUCCAGCAGGAGAGCUUACCCCAACGGGGUUCUCCUCCUGAAGAUGAUUGCCGAGAAAGUUGGCCCACGGCAUCUGUUGCACAAGGGGAAAUAGACCUAGUGUCCUUGGACCACUUAUCAGCAACCUCCAGGGAGGAGAAGGAACAGAGCUCAGGCCCGGGGACUAGCAUUUGCAAGGUGGGUGAAGCCACCGUGGAAGAUGGGGGUCAGGCUCCACGCCACAUUCUGCCUCUGUCUACUCUCCCCCUGGAAGAGUCCAGAGGGAGCGGGCCAGGAUUUUGGAAAACAGGCAGCAAGCUGAAGAUUAUAACUCUGGAAGCUUCCAUUCCAGAAGUUUGGCCACCAAGACAACAGACUGGUCCUGAGUACAAGGAGUUGGAAGCUGGUCCCACAAUUCCCGACAGGGUCCAGGCUGCGUCUGACGUUCUCAAGGCUCACGGCCCUCAGGCCGAGUCUGGCUCAGCCCUUGCUAAAAGCAGAGAAACUUAUAAGACCAGAAGACCAGUCAGCCGUGCAUACUGGAGUAGUCUUUCUCCCAAGUAUUUGAACCAACCCAGACUCCUAGAGUCAUCUGUGGAUCCUGUAGACAAAAAGGAAAUGUAUGACACAGAUGUGCCAUCAGAAGCUUCCAAAAGCGGAAAGAGGGAAAAUGUUGACACUGUGAGUCAAAACCAAGAGGAAAGCCAAAUCAGAGUGGAUCAUGCUGCCUUCUUUAAACAGUUUCUGACCCGUUCUAAGGUUGUAGAGUCCUCUGUAGAUCCCAUGGACGAAGCAGGCGUGACGGUGGGCGCCAGGGCUGAGACAGCAGGGCCUUCAGCAUCCACGCCGGCUGCCACGGGGGAGGAGGCUAAGCGGGGUGAUGGGCACACGGGUCAGAGCCUGGAAGUCCAGCCUGCCAACUUGCAAGGCCCAAGUCCUGACGAAGGUGGGGAAAGCCUUGCACACCGACGCAGAAUAAGCCAAAUACAAGACGGCAGCGAGCGAAGCUCAGGGGAGGCUGAGCAAGGCAAAAACAACACAGCAGAAUCCGUUUCUCCCAGUGCACCUCUUUCUCAUGGCCCCGCAGUGAUAGCUCACGCAUCUGUUGGAGUGGACACUCACAACUCCUCAGGUCCAAGUCAUGAUGUCCCUGAGAACGAGCUCGUUGUUGAGCCCAGAAACUGCCAAUAUCCAUUUUCUGACUCAAAGGAGAGAGGAGCCGUUGAGAGUGAGCGUGGGAAACAUGCACCCUCUUCCAGCAGUCUCACUCCAUUGCCUUUUACCUCAUCUAAGGGAAACAUCACAAACUUUUCAAAAAGCCACAAAAUCUGGGAAAUGGAAGAGCCCCGCACCGGGGAGACCAGGCCUGCAAGCGCAGCCGGCUGCCCGGCCGUGACCUUGGCAUCCAUUGCAGGUGAACGUGCAGCAGAGAAAGCUGCCGAGACCCUGCAGUCCCCACGUCCACAGGGCUCCCCCCUGGACAGUGGGCGAGACCCAAGGGAGGAGAAGCUCGGGCGCCUGGCAGCCCAGACCCUCCGACGCCCAGAGGCCCUACCAGCGGGGAGCGGCUGCGAGGAGGUCCAGAAGCCAGAAUCCUCGGCGAGUGGACAUUUAGCUGAGGGGGUGAAGAAGAAAAUCCUGUCCAGGGUGGCCGCCCUGAGGCUGCGACUGGAGGAGAAGGAGAACGUCAGAAGGAGUUCAGGCUUUCUCAAAAGGAUUCCUAACCUUGAAACAUUGGCAUCGUGUGCAGAGGAGAAGCAAGAUGCGAAAAAACCACCUUGCAAAAGAGAAGGAAAAGCUCCGAUAUUACUGAAAAAGAUCCAAGCCGAGAUGUACCCUGACCUCUCCGGGAAUGUAAAAUUAAGCUGCCAGUUUGCGGAAAUUCAUGAAGAUUCGACUAUCUGGUGGACAAAAGAUUCAAAGGCAAUAGCCCAAGUGCAGAGAAGUGCAGGCGACAACUCCACUGUGUCCUUGGCCAUCGUUCAAGCUGGUCAGAAGGACCAGGGCAUCUAUUACUGCUGCAUCAAGAACAGUUAUGGAAAGGUGACCACUGAGUUCAACCUGACAGCUGAAGUUCUGAAGCAACUCAAGAGUCACCAGGAUAUUAAAGGAUGUGAAGAGAUUGAAUUCAGCCAACUCAUCUUCAGGGAAGACUUCCUCAGCGACAGCUACUUUGGGGACCACCUGCACGGUCAGAUCGCCACGGAGGAGCUGCAUUUUGGAGAAGGGGUCCACCGCAAAGCCUUCCGCAGCAAAGUCAUGCGGGGCCUCAUGCCUGUCUUCCAGCCCGGCCACGCCUGUGUCCUCAAGGUGCACAACGCCGUUGCCUACGGGACCAGGAACAACGCUGAGCUCAUCCAGAGGAACUACAGACUCGCUGCCCAGGAAUGCUAUGUCCAAAAUACUGCCAGACACUAUGCCAAGAUCUAUGCUGCUGAAGCACAGCCUCUGGAAGGCUUUGGAGAAGUGCCAGAGAUAAUUCCUAUUUUUCUAAUCCACCGACCUGAGAACAACAUCCCUUAUGCAACAGUGGAGGAGGAGCUGAUUGGAGAAUUUGUGAAGUAUUCCAUCAGGGAUGGGAAGGAAAUAAACUUCUUGAGAAGAGAAUCGGAGGCCGGUCAGAAGUGUUGUACCUUCCAGCACUGGGUGUACCAGAAGACAAGUGGCUGCCUCCUGGUCACGGACAUGCAGGGCGUAGGAAUGAAGUUAACGGACGUUGGCAUAGCAACACUGGCUAAAGGGUACAAAGGAUUUAAAGGCAACUGUUCUAUGACCUUCAUCGAUCAGUUUAAAGCACUACACCAGUGUAACAAGUAUUGUAAAAUGCUGGGGCUGAAAUCCCUUCAAAACAACAGCCAGAAACAGAAGAAGCCGGGUGUCAGCAAAAGCAAAACUCAGCCAAACUCCACAACCACAAAGAAGUUGGCGUCCGGGACCCCAGCAGAGAAGAGAAGCUCGCAUCCCCUGUGAACCAAGGGCUGCCGGCUAGCAGCACAAUCUUGUGGGCAGAAAUCUGGAAACACCCAAGAAGAGGACACUAGCCUGCCCAGCGGUGUGACAAUCCGACAAUCCGAUUUCCAGCUGCUUCCAAACCCAUCACCUGCUGUCUUCCCUGAAAUGACUUGGGGGGCAGGACUCGUGACCAGACGUCUGGAGAGACGGAGUCGGCUGUCACUCCCGAAAGACAGUCCAUCUUUGUGCCCAGCUUUACCGACUUCGCGUUGUCUAUGUGUUUGUUUUUGCACGUGGCUGUGUUGUCCAGGACUCAGUGCUGACCAGGUCUGUCCAGGGCCCAGGCCCUCCCCCACCCCCCCCCCGUCCCUAAUCUGGGCACUCCCAGCCGCAUCCAGCUGCUGUAUCAACAGAAAACAUGAAUACCUCUGCUGGGUCAGGUCACGCUAUUGCUGAGUGUGCCCCUUGCUGCCACAGGCGGCCUCUAAGACAUAAGGCCAUUUCCUUCGUUAUCACACAUGUGGCUACAGUUCUCUGUUUAAUUAAA